UAAUAAUAAUAAUAAUAAUAAUAAUAAUAAGAAUCACCAAACUGAGAGCCGAAAUCGUUCAUCCCUUCCUCUGAUCGAAGAAAGAGAUGGAGACGGUGAAGAAUCUGCUGAAACCGAAGCCAGACCCUCAGCCACGAGAAUGGCAGCGGAAGCUCCGGCAAGAGUGCCGCAACGUCGAGCGCAGGCAAGCGUCGAAUGUUCAGAGAGAGGAGAAGAACGUUCAGAAAGCGAUCAAGGAUGCGGCUAAGCGCAACGAUAUGGCCUCAGCGAAGAUUCUUGCUAAGGAAAUUGUGAGGUCGAGGCAUGCUGUGAACCGCCUUUAUGAAAAUAAAGCACAACUGAAUUCAAUUUCAAUGCAUCUUGGUGAACUUGUUGCAACUGCAAGAACUGUGGGCCAUUUAUCCAAGAGCGCAGAGGUCAUGAAGCUUGUCAAUAAUCUCAUGAAAGCUCCAGAAGUUGCUGCUACAAUGCAAGAAUUUAGUAAAGAAAUGACCAAGGCAGGGGUGAUCGAAGAGAUGGUGAAUGAUGCCGUUGAUUCAGCUUUGGACUCUGAGGACAUGGAGGAAGAAACAGAAGAAGAGGUCGAAAAAGUUCUUGCAGCAAUAGCAGGCGAGACUGCGUCACAGCUUCCGGAUGCUGCACGAAAGGAGAUAAUAAAGCAACCUUCAACAAGCCAAACAACUGCUGCAGAGUCAGAAGCCAUUGCAGAGGGAGUUGAUGAUGAGGGAGAACUAGAUGAGAUCAGAGCACGGCUAGCUAAAGUAAGGUCGUAGUCUGUUCUCUGAUGAUAUUGUUAAUUGGUGGCGAUUCGAACCUUGCCUCGAGGUUUUGUUGUAUUCUGAUAUUGUAACUAAUGUAUGAUUAUCAUAGAAGAUUCAAGCUUCGACGGUUGUAUAUUUGCAUAUAUAUAUGCUGUUUAUAUGAUUAUAUCAUUCUGCCGAAGCACAUAUUUAGGCGAGGGAUGGAAAGCCAUUGUUCACUAUAACAUUUUGACACAUAUAAACUAAUUUUUUUU